AUGUUAACGUUUGUCUCUACGUUGGCCUGGAGGCAGUCAUCUCGGUUCUGUCAUAUCAGGCCGAUCAAACAUGCCACUUCUAAUGUCUUGUCUACAAAAACAAGUUCAGUAACAGGCAGCAUUUUUGAGCAAAUUCCUAAAGAGGAGCUGGCACCGAAAACCAGACCACGGCUGCGAGACAGGGAGUUUCUCCCAGGCUCAACGGGUGAAGGAUUCCCAGAGUUCUUGGCAGAGCCAAGUGACUCUUUCCCGGUCGGUGUGCGAGUCAAUACUGGAGACAAGUCCUCUCUCUCAGAACUGGGUGCACAUUGCAUGGAAUAUAUAAAGAAGAAGCUUACUAAUAGCCAGGCGAUAUUGUUCCGCGGACUACCAGCUGAAACAGCAGAGGACUUCUUGGCCUUAACCCAAGGAAUGCGAGGCAAGCCUAUAAACUACGAAGGUGGUACCACACCCAGACCCGAGGAAUUGCAAAACUCUGGCAUCUACUUUGCCAGUACCGAGCCCGGAGAGUACACCAUCGAAUUACACAAUGAAAUGACGUAUGUCAAGAAUUUCCCUAGGAAGGUAUGUCUAGAAUGAAAUAAAGAUGACUUAUGCUGAGGUGCCGAGGUAUUUUGUGGGCGCCCCACACCACCCCAAUCCGUCACCAGGUUUAUGAUGCGCUAUCACUAAUUCAUUAGUUCUUUUGCUGAUCCAUACAUUCAUUCAUUCGUGGAUAAGUUUACUUGAACUUUGGUUUACUUGCUCCCUUAAUCAGUUCGUUCCCCCAUGUUCUUCGUUCAUUCGUUCAUUUGUUGUCUCGUUUUCUUGUUCUUUCGUUCAUUCACUUGUUCACUUGUUCUAGCCCACUUGUUCACUUGUUCACUUGUUCACUUGUUCACUUGUUCACUUGUUCACUUGUUCACUUGUUCACUUGUUCACUUGUUCACUUGUUCACUUGUUCACUUGUUCACUUGUUCACUUGUUCACUUGUUCACUUGUUCACUUGUUCACUUGUUCACUUGUUCACUUGUUCACUUGUUCACUUGUUCACUUGUUCACUUGUUCACUUGUUCACUUGUUCACUUGUUCACUUGUUCACUUGUUCACUUGUUCACUUGUUCACUUGUUCACUUGUUUGUUCACUUGUUCACUUGUUCACUUGUUCACUUGUUCACUUGUUCACUUGUUCACUUGUUCACUUGUUCACUUGUUCACUUGUUCACUUGUUCACUUGUUCACUUGUUCACUUGUUCACUUGUUCACUUGUUCACUUGUUCACUUGUUCACUUGUUCACUUGUUCACUUGUUCACUUGUUCACUUGUUCACUUGUUCACUUGUUGUUCUUGUUCACUUGUUUACUUGUUCACUUGUUCACUUGUUCACUUGUUCACUUGUUCACUUGUUCACUUGUUCACUUGUUCACUUGUUCACUUGUUCACUUGUUCACUUGUUCACUUGUUCACUUGUUCACUUGUUCACUUGUUCACUUGUUCACUUGUUCACUUGUUCACUUGUUCACUUGUUCACUUGUUCACUUGUUCACUUGUUCACUUGUUCACUUGUUCACUUGUUCACUUGUUCACUUGUUCACUUGUUCACUUGUUCACUUGUUCACUUGUUCACUUGUUCACUUGUUCACUUGUUCACUUGUUCACUUGUUCACUUGUUCACUUGUUUUGUUCACUUGUUCACUUGUUCUUGUUCACUUGUUCACUUGUUCACUUGUUCACUUGUUCUUGUUUGUUCACUUGUUCACUUGUUCACUUGUUCACUUGUUCACUUGUUCACUUGUUCACUUGUUCACUUGUUCACUUGUUCACUUGUUCACUUGUUCACUUGUUCACUUGUUCACUUGUUCACUUGUUCACUUGUUCACUUGUUCACUUGUUCACUUGUUCACUUGUUCACUUGUUCACUUGUUCACUUGUUCACUUGUUCACUUGUUCACUUGUUCACUUGUUCACUUGUUCACUUGUUCACUUGUUCACUUGAUCACUUGUUCACUGGAUCCCCUGUUCACCCGUUCAUUUGGUAAUCCUCUCACUUACCCAUUCGUUCAUCAUUAGUCCAUUAGUUCUUUUCUUCAUUGUUUCACAGGUUCAUUGGUUUAUUCGCUUAUACGAUUAUUUUUUCACUCGUCCACUCGUUGAUUCUUCCAUGCUUUUAUCCUUCUAUUAUCUUUUUCAGAUUUUCUUUUUCUGCCUAAAAGAGCCUGGCGAGGGUUGUGGUGGCGAGACUCCUUUGGCUAGAUGCAGCGACAUUGUAUCCAAACUUGACCCCGAAGUCGUGAAAAAGCUCGGGGUAAAAGGAGUCACGUAUGUACGCUAUCUGCCGGACAAAUCACGAUCAGACUACAUGCCCUGGCAGCAUCAGUUUUACACUGACGACAGAAAGGUAAUACAACUUGGUUCACAUCAGGAAUCCCAUGUCAGAAUUGAUUGGCUUUUAAAGACAAAAAAAAAUAGUGGAGAUUUCAAAAGGAAAUGACGAUUAUCAAUCUCGAACCCGGGUAUAGAAUGUUCACUGAUGACCUUAUUUACUCUUUUAGGCAGCAGAAAUAAGGGCACAGCAGCGAGGUAACACUGUAAGAUGGGACGAUAACGGUGAUAUGUACCUGACUUACACCGCGCCGGCCUUUCUUUCUCACCCAGUAACAGGAGAAAAACUCUGGUUCAACCAAAUAACAACUCACCACUGUACUUACACGAAAGCACUGCCACACUACAAAGGUUAUGAUCUCCCGGAUGAGAAAUAUCCCUGUCACACCUAUUAUGGAGACGGAAGUGACAUCGAGCCGGAAGUGUUACAACACAUCAGAGCAGUUUCAUGGUCAUGCGCAACUGGAUUUCGGUGGAAGAAGGGUGAUUUGAUAGCGCUUGAUAAUCUGAACGUUCAGCAUGGACGAAUGGCUUUCACGGGGGAGAGAAAAAUACUGGUGCAUAUGACGGCAGACUGAACCUACCCCUCAGCUUGAGUUUUAGUUUGAAGAGGGAUUAUAAUUAAUCAUCAAGUAAAAGUUGCCAGUUUUUUAGUUUUUCGACUAAGUUAGCGAACAGGAAACCCAAGUUCAUGACACUGGAAGAACCCGAACGUGACACAUAGUGGCAAUGUGGGGAUGACUUUUACGGCCAACGGUUAGGAUUUUGGCCAUUUUACAGUUAACGGUUAACCCAAAUGGCACAUUGUAGAAAGAGAAAAUCUUUGCAUUUAUUUUUUUUUACGACUUACGAUCAAAAUUUUCCAAUUUUUACGCCUUACGGUUAAAUUAUUUAGCUGUUUUACGGCUAACAAUUAAACCAUUGAGACCCUCUUAGCGCUCUAGCGCAUAAUCAUUUUACUUAGCUUAUUUUUGAUCGAUUAGUUAUGCCGAUAAAACAAAAGAUUUCGGAGAGUUUUGUGUUUUAAAACAAAUUUACAUACCAGAUUGUGUCCAUAGCGUUUCCCACAGUCAAUGACUUGUAGCGAGUUGAUAGAUAUUCAGCGACAGAAAUAGAAGACUAGCAGAAAUAGCCCGAAAGUCAGUUUUCUUCGCACCAACCAGCCAUGAAUUAUUAUAAAUUAAGAAUAAGAGACAUGAUCAACAACUAAAGAAGCUCUUGAUUGUGAAACAAAUUCUCCUUUUCAUAACCUUGAAGGGCAUG